AAUACGGGACCUUACAGUCCUACACUUUGGAUCUCUUUUGGAAUUUCCCAUUGAUGCAGUCCAUGUAGAUCAGUCUCCCAGGGCACAGAAAAUGGUGGAGAUUGGAUUUCAAGGGGCAAAAUGCAGAUACCUAGUGAAAUGACACAGAUUUAAACUGCUACCUAAGACUUUACUAGAUGAGGAGGUGAGGGGAAGAGUGUAAAUAGAAAGAAUAGCAUAUGCAAAGGUCGUGACUUGGAAUGGAGCAUGAUUACAUAAGUCAAUCAAUUUUCACCAAGAGCUGCAAGGCAAACAAAAGCUUUAUUUGGGGGUCUUUUUUGGUCUGGGAGACACAGAUUUGGGGUAGAAAACCCAACUGUGUUCCAAAGAGGAAAGAAAGGGACAGAGCUUGUAAAGACAGAAAAGGGGGUCCAAGGGGAUUACAUAAAUUGCUUUGAAAGAACUGUGAUUGGUACUGGCAAGUGGACUUACACUAUGCUAUAUAUGAUUAACUGCAUAUGUCUGUUGCUAGGUGAAAAAGUUAUUUUUUUAAUGGAGCAUUCAAUGAUGUGGAGCCAUGUCCAGGAACUGUAUCAGGAUGUAGCCACUUGGUUUAUCCCAGUUCAAAAGUUCAGUUUCACAUGGAGGGAGAUGAGUUAACUCAGCUUCCCAGAGGCCUUCUGGCUCCAUUUUAGAUUGUACUCUUGAUAAUAUCAACUCCAUUUUGUUGUUUUUCUUUUAUACUGAAGAACUGGAAGAAGCCCAUUGAGGCUGGAGCCAUGAGAGCAAGAAGAGACAAUGCCAGAUGGAUCUGGAGAGGAACAAAGGGGAGGCAGAUCAUGAAGGCCUUAUGGACAAAGUUAAGAAUUUUAGUUUUUGUCCUAAGGCAAUGGAAAACCACUCAUGAGUUCUAAGGAGAGGCAUGAUCAGAUUUUUUAAUUUUAAAAGAUCACUGUUUCAUUUUUAAAAGAUCAACUCCAAUUUGGAGGCAGAGUAGUUCAAACGAACCAGCAUGGCCCAGCACGGUGUUAGAGAAUAUGGAAAUAUAAGGUGACUUCAUUUUUGUGAGAUUAUAAAUGUACCUUGGAAGUUAACAAAGCUAACUUAAGAAGAAUGGAAGAAGGCCAACCAGAAGCCUCAAAUCCUUCUCCAAAACCUUGGUAUCCUGAGGUGACAGUGUCAGUGACAGGCGAACCACCGGGUGUCAUAGAAGAAGAAGAAACAGCCAAAGAAACAGACAUAGAAAUCAUCCCAGAACUCAUAGAGCCACUCUCCAUUCUAGAUGUACUGAGGAUCUCUGCAGUUCUGGAGGAUACCACCGACCAGCUCUCAAUUCUAAACUAUAUCAUGCCAGUUCAGUAUGAAAGAAGACAAAGCAAGAGCCUGCCGGCGAUUGGUGGAGAAAGCGGCAGCUGUCCCAGCGGAGGCGACGACGAGAAGGUCUCAGGGAGUCAGGACCAGCCGGAGUGCAUCACCCCCUGGUGCUGUGGCAACCACUCACUGCGUGUUGCCCUGCACUGCUGCGGCCAGAACGGAACCAUGGCUGUGCUCGUUGUGCUUCUGUCCUUGGUAGCCGGUGCUUUGGGGAACGAGUUUAGUAUAUUAAGAUCACCAGAGUAUGUUGUUUUCCGCAAUGGAAAUUGGCCUAUUUCAGGAGAGCAAAUCCCAGACGUGGCAGCAUUAGCCAUGGGCUUCUCUGUGGAAGACGACCUUUCUUGGCCGGGACUUGCAGUGGGUAACCUAUUCCAUCGACCUCGGGCCACUGUGAUGGUGAUCGUGAAGGGAGUGGACAAACUCCCUCUACCUUCAGGCAGUGUCAUUUCAUACCCUUUGGAGAAUGCAGUUCCUUUUAGUCUUGACAGUGUUGCAAAUUCCAUUCACUCCUUAUUUUCUGAGGAAACUCCUGUGGUUUUGCAGUUGGCUCCCAGUGAGGAAAGAGUGUAUAUGGUGGGGAAGGCAAACUCAGUUUUUGAAGAUCUUUCAGUAACAUUAGGACAGCUCCGCAAUCGCCUGUUUCAAGAAAACUCUGUUCUUAAUUCACUUCCCCUCAAUUCUCUGAGUAGUAACAGUGAAGUUGAUCUGCUCUUUCUUUCUGAACUGCAAGUUCUAUGUGAUGUUUCAAGUUUGUUGUCUCGACAUAAGCAUCUAGCCAAGGACCAUUCUCCUGAUUUAUAUUCACUGGAGCUGGCAGGUUUGGAUGAAAUUGGGAAACAUUAUGGAGAAUAUUCUGAACAAUUCAGAGAUGCUUCUAAGGUCCUUGUUGACACUCUGCAAAAGUUUGCAGAUGACAUGUAUAGUCUUUAUGGUGGGAAUGCAGUGGUAGAGCUAGUGACUGUCAGAUCAUAUGACACAUCACUUGUGAGGAAAACAAGGACUAUCCUUGAGACAAAACAAGAGAAGAACCCACCAAGUCCCUAUAACCUUGCAUAUAAGUAUAAUUUUGACUAUCCAGUGGUUUUCAACAUGGUUCUUUGGAUAAUGAUUGCCUUGGCCUUGGCUGUGAUUAUCACCUCUUACAAUAUUUGGAACAUGGAUCCUGGAUAUGAUAGCAUCAUUUAUAGGAUGACAAACCAGAAGAUUCGAAUGGAUUGAACUUUUCUUCUGCCAAAAUUAGAAAAGGGGUUUGAAGAUUGGAUGUUUUGUGAAAAUAAAUCGUUUAGUGUACUUUAAAGUAGACAGUAUACUUGAAAUUUUUAAAACAGAUUUUGUUCUCUAUUUUGUAUGUGCCUGUGAAGUUGUUUUUGAGUAAAGUAUGAUAUUGACAUGAAUUGAUUUGUGUGAUAGAUUCUACAAAUUUCAUUCCAUUUAGUAUUUUUUUUAAAUGCACUGAAAUAAAUGUAAAUAUUUAGAAUAGUUUGUGUUACUUAUGUUGAGAAAAUGCACAGAAUUUAUUAGAGAAACUUGUGAAUGCUUAACUUCCUUACAGAAUAGGUGAAAAUGAUAUUUGGGUGGUUAUAUACUAGGAACCAUUGUUGUAAAUGUCUUAAUUUGAUGUAAAUAUCUCUGAAACAAGAGAAAAGGUUUUUAACUUUAGAGCAGCCCUAAAACUAUGAAAGUUCAUAUACAGUCACUUAGAUUUGGAACUGCAUCUGACUUAUAGAAGAUAGCUGUCUUUUAACCUCUUGUGAAAGUUUGGUGAUUCGAAUGGUCUAGUGUGUAUAUUAAAAAUACUACAUUGAGUCCUG